AUGCAGUCACCAGUGAUACUGUUCGGCGACCAAACAGUCGAAACACUGGUUUGCAUCCGGUCUCUCAUUGAGCGUUCAAACCGAUCGGCUCUCCUCCACAGGUUCCUCGAAGAUGCAACAAAGGUGGUGAAGCGCGAGGUGCAAGGCCUCAACCUAGAUGCACAGAGUCGCUUCUUUUCCUUCACCAACCUGCUCGACCUCGCAGAACGUUUCAGCAAACUGGGCCAUCCAGAUGACCUUGUUGCUACGGUGCUUAUGGCCGUUGCCCAGCUGGGAGAACUUAUACUACAUUGUCAAUCCGAUUCAUCAAUCCUUAAUAACCCAAAAGCCGUGAUCGUCGGCUUGUGCACUGGUGUUCUACCCGCAGCAGUCUGUGCGUCUUCUCGAGGGCUGGACGAUGUGCUUGAUCUUGGGACCAAAGUGAUUUCACUUGCCUUCCAACUCGCGGUCGAUAUUGGCCGCCGCUCCGAGGCAAUCGAAGCUGGCUUUGGCCAUUGGGGAUAUUCCAUCCUGAACGUUCCAAUAGAUACCCUAGAGAAGGUCAUCGAAAAGUUCCAUGUCGAGAAGGUAACAUCCGAUGCCAGGAAGCUUGGGAAAGUAGGGCUAACCAUGGAAAAUCAGGGCAUCCCUACUCACAAGCACGCAUACCUGAGCGUUGUCUCCGAGGGAUGGGCAACCGUCAGCGGACCACCCUCUCUACUCCAAGAGCUGUUCGCUUAUUCCGAAGUCUUUACCAAUGCGCCAAAGUUGUUACUCCCGUUCGGGGCCGCGGCACAUGCCCCUCAUCUUCCUCCAUCAGAUAUCGAUGGCCUCCUUGAGGCGAGCGGCAUAGGUGAUGAUUUCAUUCGCUCGAGUUCAAAGCUCAUGUCUACGAGUACCUGUCUUCCAUACUAUGCAAAGACUCUGCGGCAGCUGUUCAAGGGUGCUCUUGACGAUACCAUGCAACGCCAGUUGCGACUAAGUGGCACAGUCCAAGGAGUCUUAGAACAGCUGCCCAGAAGCGAAAAGGCUGUCCGGUUGAUUUCUAUCGGGCCCCUAGGACACACAGGUAUGGUACAACGUGCUUUGAAACGAGCGGGAAGGACCGUCGAAUUGGUGCAACUGCCACCAUGCCCGGCGGACCAACCUGCCCCUUCUGUUCCCAAUGGUCCCAACCCCGAGCACAUCGCCAUUGUUGGCAUGAGCGGCAGAUUCCCUGGUUCGGAAAGCAUUGCCGAGUUCUGGCAAUCUCUUCUUGACCAGAAAGAGUUCCACAGCAAAAUUCCAUCCUCAAGAUUCGAUAUUGAUGCGCAUUUUGAUGCAGACGGCAAAGUGAAGAACGCAAGUUCUGUGCCAUAUGGCAACUUCUUGGAGAACCCCGGACUCUUUGAUCAUCGAAUGUUCAAGGUCUCACCUCGGGAGGCGCUGCAGAUGGAUCCCCUCCAGAGACUGUCCCUCAUGUGUGCCUACGAAGCUCUCGAAAUGGCAGGUUAUAGCCCGAACAGGACGAUGUCUACGCAGACCAGUCGAAUUGCUACCUUCUUCGGUCAAGCUUGUGACGAUUAUCGGGACACCAAUAUCAACGAAGGCGUUGAUGUUUAUUUCGUACCCGCGCUUCAACGAGCAUUUGUACCUGGUCGGCUUCAUUACCAUUUCGGAUUCGGCGGUCCAAAUUACAGCGUGGACAGUGCCUGCGCUUCGAGUCUGUCUGCGGUAGUCCUAGGAAUGAUGAAUCUACUCAGCAACAAGUGCGACAUGGCGAUUGCUGGAGGCGGUUCGAUCCUUUCAAAUCCUGCAGUUUAUGCAGGUCUGAGCAGAGGCUCUUUUCUCUCGACAACUGGAUCUUGCAAGACCUUCCAGGACAGUGCGGAUGGAUAUUGUCGAGGUGAAGGCCUUGGCGUUGUGGUGAUGAAGAGAUUGGAAGACGCUCUGGCUGACAACGACAACGUUCUCGCUGUCAUCCGAGGUGCAGUCCGCAACUCGUCCGCAGAUUCCAUCUCCAUCACGCAUCCUAGUACAAAUGCGCAGCAGUCUCUCUAUAACACAUUAUUGAGCCAACUCAACGUAAAGACCGAAGAUAUCGGGUUCGUGGAAAUGCAUGGUACCGCUACCCAGGCUGGUGACAUGGCAGAAAUGUCAGGUGUUGCUGCCGUCUUUGGUAAGAACAGGAAACCUGACAAUCCUUUGUAUGUGGGAGCCGUCAAAGCGAACAUCGGCCACGGUGAGGCCUCAGCUGGCUUGGCCUCCCUGAUAAAAUCUAUCAUGAUCCUGAGAGAGCGCAAGAUCCCGGGGCAGCCGAUUCCUGCAGCCGGACAGUUCGUUUUCAACCGAAAUUACCUGUCACUCCAAGGCAUGGCUGGUAUUUGUAUUGCCGAACAACACCAGGCCUUCCGGGCACCUAAAAAUGGCGGAAAACGAAAGAUCCUGCUUAACAACUUCGAUGCUGCUGGCGGCAAUGUGAGCUUGAUCCUCGAAGAAUAUGCAGAGGCGUCUGUUAUUGGCAGCGGCCAAAGCCAGGAUCCACGAAAACACCAUGUUGUGGCCAUUUCCGGUCACACUGCUGGCUCGUACACGGCCAACAAGAAGGCACUGCUAGAGUACCUUCGCCGAAAACCCGCGACUUCUCUGGCGGAUCUGGCCUACACCACCACUGCUCGUCGUAUGCAUCACCCGUACCGCAAUGCAUACACUGUCGCCUCGGUCGCAAAACUCAUAGAAAGCUUAUCACAGGAGGGCGAUGUCUCGUACAUUCCAGAGUCAAAGUCAAAGACAAAAUCCAAUGUUGUCUUUGCGUUCACUGGCCAGGGCCACAAAUGCCGUACCAUGGGCAGCGAUCUAUACAAGUCGUCUCGGAGCUUCAAGCUGUCAAUUCAGUCAUAUCAACGCCUGUGCGAGGGUUACGGCUUUGACUCAUUCAUCGGGCUUGUGAGCGGCGACAUUCCCAGCGGCUUUGUCCCUACCGCAGCUCAGACUCAACUUGCAACCGUAGCGGUGGAGCUUGCCCUUGCCUCAUUGUGGCAGGAGUACGGGAUCAAGCCUACUCAUGUCAUUGGGCACAGCCUGGGCGAAUUCGCUGCCCUGUGCGCAGCCGGUGUACUUUCAGUUGACGAUACGCUCUAUCUUGUCGGUACAAGAGCACAUCUGCUUCAAGAGAGUGCGCAACGGAACACGCAUGCUAUGCUAGCUGUUGGCAUGUCCAAGGAUGACAGCGUGCUGAAGCUCAAAGACUUUGCUUCAUGCGAGGUAGCUUGUAUCAACACACCGUCGUCCACUGUCGUCAGUGGACCAAUCGGCCAGAUCGAAGCUCUCAAGUCCAGUCUGAAAGGUCUAGGAGUAACAGCCACGCAGCUCGAUACGCCUUAUGCAUUCCACAGUCAGCAGGUCGAUCCAAUCCUUUCCACCUUUGUGUCACGUGCCACACAGGUCCGAUUCUCUAAGCCGGCCAUUCCCGUUGCGUCUACCUUGCGAGGCCUGCUGGUCACUGAGGAAGGAACCUUCGAUUCCAAGUAUCUUGGCCUUCAAGCGCGUGAACCCGUCAACUUUGUUGGAGCUUUGGGUACGCUUCGCUCUCUUGAUGGUGAUAGCACUGUCUGGAUUGAGUGUGGCCCCCAUCCUGUCUGUUUGGGACUCGUCAAGUCCACGCUGGAUGUGCCUCAGUCUAGACUUCUUCCAUCCUUGCAAUCCGGGCAAGAUGAUUGGAAGGUUCUCUCGUCUACUCUCGCCUUUUUACAUACCAAGCAACAGACUGUCGACUGGACACGCUUCCACCAGGAGCACAUAGCCCACCUGAAGUUGCUGGAUCUACCCGCUUAUGCCUUUGAGCUCAGAGAUUUCUGGACGCCUUUCAAGGACCAUGGCGCCACGCUCGGCUCUCAAGGUGCCAAGCCUGCUGUUCAGGAGAAGGGGAUCCGCAGCUUAUUGAAUAGCUCUAUCCAGAGUCUUCAGGAUGAAGUCGUCUCCGAUAAAAAAUCGACUUUCAAUUUUUCAUCGUCAAUCUUGGAGCCAAGCUUGUCGGCCGCAAUGGCGGGGCAUAUCGUAGACGGCAACCCUAUCUGUCCUACCAGUGUGUUCCUUGACAUGGCCCUGAGUGCCGCUCGGUACGUCGUGCAACAUACGAAUCCGGGAUCAAAGGCUCCAACCUUCUCGGUCGAGCAUCUUGAUAUCACCGGCCCACUGGUGCUGUCUGGCAGUGACGACCAGAAAGUCCUCGUCACAGCCACCCAGAUGAGCACUUCCAAGGACUCCGUCACUGUGACUUUCUCUUCACAGUUAGGGACUUCAAGGAAGCUGGAGCAUGGGAAGUGCACCGUUCAGAUCGCAGACCCCCAAACCUGGACAUCAACCUGGCGCAAGAGCAGCUCUCUCGUGAAGCUUGCUAAACAGGGUCUUCUGAACGCCAGAGACAACCACAGCCUUUCCAAGUCCAUCGUCUACAAGCUCUUUUCCCAGCUGGUGCGAUACAAUUCGCGCUACCAAGCAAUGAGCGAGGUCACUGUCUCCAACGAUUUUAGCCAAGGUGUUUCUCGGAUCACAUUGGACGCAGACUCCGAGAACAGCAACUUCAUGUUCAGUCCGUACUGGCUUGACGCACUUGUGCAUCUCGCCGGCUUUCAAGUCAACUGCAAUCCAGACAAGCCUGAGAACGUGCUGUGGGUGUCGACUGGUUUUGAGAGCUUGAACCUGAUGCGCGAUCGACUAAGCUCUGGAAAGUCGUAUACGAACUACAUUUGUUUCAACACCCCCGAGCCUGGAGAAGAUAACAUCAUCGGCGACGCUUACAUAUUCGAUGGCGAGACAACUGUCGGGGUGGUAAGCGGUAUUGCCUUCCAUCGACUCGAGCGGUCCGCAUUUGCCGCUUUGAUUAGGUCCUCCGCUGGUCCCGCCGCGCCCCGGCCAGUGGCAAAGCCUGCAAAAACACCAGAGCCCGCAGCCCCGAUCAAGAAAGUCGUGAUCGAGCCAUCAAUUGAGGAGCCCGUUACGAGUGCAGCAGAUGAACUGGAAGCAAUUCUCAGCACGAUCGCCAAAGAAACAGGUGUCGACCGCUCCGAGAUCGACGACUCUACCGUUUUCGCAGACCUGGGGGUUGACUCGUUAAUGUCCAUCACCAUAAGCGAUGUGCUUUUGAAGGAUUACGACAUAACGAUUCCAAGUGCCUUCUUUCAGGAGCACCAUUCCGUCGCCGAAGUCCGGAAAGCCCUUGGACAGGUAGAGACCGAAGAUGGUACGGAAGGGUCGUGGGAGAAUGACGUGUUCUCUUCGUCGGAAGAAGGGGCAGAUAGAUGCGAGACGCCAUCGUCGUUGAAUGCGCAUUCGCCGAGUGAUAUAAACCAUGUCACAUUCGACACCAAGGACAUCGUCAUUGCAGAGAAGAAGACCAGCCCCAAGCCCGAUCUGGCUACACUCUAUCACAGCAGAGCAGUCUUGAUCCAUGGGAGGAAACGUUCCACAGAGACUCCGUUGUUUCUGAUCACCGAUGGCGCUGGGAGUGCAGCGGCAUAUCUCCAUUUGCCUAGUUUACCCAAGGGUCGCCCCGUUUACGCCUUGGAAUCACCAUUCCUUCAGGACCCUGCAGCCUUUCAAUGCAGCGUCGAAGAAGUGAGCACCCUGUACCUCGCAGCCUUGCGAAACGUCCAGCCGCAGGGCCCCUAUCUAUUAGGUGGUUGGUCAGCCGGUGCCGUGUUCGCGUACGAGGUCAGUGGCCGUCUUCUCGACGCCGGCGAGACCAUUCUCGGACUCAUCAUGCUCGAUAUGCGAGUACCCGCUCCCCUCCCCCACCAGCCCGAAAUCAGCAUGGAGCUUCUGGAGGCGAGCGGGAUGACGGCCGGCAUCAACCGCAGCCAAGGCGGCACCGCCAUCAUGGGCCCGAUGCCUCUCCGUCUCAAGCAGCACCUCCUCAGCGUCUGCCGCGCCCUGGUCAAGUACAACCCGCGCCCCAUGACCUCGGACCGACGGCCCAACAAGACGUUCAUGAUCUGGGCCCGGCUGGGCCUCUCCGAAGUUAUGGACGACAAGCCGGCGGACGAGGCGGUCCAGGUGGACGAGAAAACCAAGCAGUGGUUCUUUGGCGGCGGGGAGGGCGACGGGAACGCGAUGCAGAACGCCGGCGCGGGCAUGAUGGGCUGGUUCUACGCGAAACGGACCUCCUUUGGGUCGAACGGCUGGGAGAAGCUCGUCGGACAAGAGCUCAAGACGUGGGUUGUCGAUGCCGACCACUUCAGCAUGGUGGCUAUGCCGACGGCGUUGGCCACCGGAGGGCAUAUCCGGGAGGCUGUCGAUGAGGCUUGCGCAUGA